AUGCCAGAGGCUGUGAAUGAUGGAGAAGCCGGCUAUCAUUCUUCAUGUUACAGGCGAUUUUCUGCUGUAGAUUUUAAUAAAUAUAAACCAAGACCAAAAGUAAAGCAUCCUCCACCUAAUGUGAGUGCACCUUUGCAUUCUUUGAUACCUUCUACCAGUGCUGGACAGCCUUCUACUAGUGCUGGACAGCCUUCUAACAGUGCUGGACAGCCUUCUUUGACGUUAGAUUAUUGCUGUUCCAUUUCACCUUCUACGGCUACUGUUCACACUGCCGAUAUCGAACGAGACCAAAAAAUUCAGAGAACAUCAGCAGAUGAGGGCGCGAACACCAGUAACCUUCAAGACCUAAAAGAUUUCCAUGGACAACCUGAUCAAAAAUGUUUCUUCUGUCGUAAGUGCAAUAAAAGGAGGAAUGGCCGUUUGCAAUUAUUAAUUGUUGCAAAAUCCGACAGGCUUCUGAAAAAAAUGAAAACUAUUGCAACUGAAGUGAACGACAUAGAUGUUUUAUUGGAUUUAAGUUUCUACGUAGCUUCCAAUUCACCUUUUAUCUAUCAUAAAGUUUGCUACCGAAGUUAUCUAAACAAAAUGAAUAAAAAAUUAUCUGAUAAACAUACUGCCUGGCAUGAUCGUCGCAACCACUACAAGAAAGCUUAUCAAAAUCUUUGCGAAUAUAUUAAUGCGGAGAUUUUGUCCAAGAAACGUUGCGCAUUGUAUUCCGAUAUAUGCCAAUAUUUUCAAAUAAUUCUGAAGGAACAAUAUGAUAAUGUUUCCUUAGAUGUUGGAAUAUUUUGUACCAGUUACCUGAAAAAAAAAUUGCUGGCAACCUUUGGUGAGAAAAUUCAAAUAUUAGAAGUGGAGGGAUCAACGGUACUUGCAUAUGGGGGUAUUAAUGAACUAGCUGAUACAUUCAUUUCAAGAUUAAAAAUUAAUUCAAUAAUAAGGAAAGCCGCAUUAUCAUUAAGGGAUGAAAUUAAAAAUAUUGACACUAAUACUUUACCAGAAGAGCUCAAUGCACAACAAUUGAUACAGGGUGAAUGCGAUAUACCCGAACCUUUAAUACUUUUUUGGUCGACAUUGUUAAGUGGUUUCGAUUUAAAAAAGAAGAAAAGUACCAAAUGUGAAAGGCUCGUUAAAUCAUUUUCUGAAGACAUGAUAUAUGCCGUUAGCAAUGGAGCUAUAAAAACGUCUGGCCAAUAUGAAGUUUUUGAAAACAAAUUUAACCAUAUGGAUGCGGCUUGGGGUUGUCCAACUGAAAGCGGCUGGAAGUUGGAGGGAAAUAAAUUAGUAUUUAAUUGGUUUGAUGGUCCAGCAUUACCUACAGGAGUUAUCAGCGAUAUUGUUAUAGAUAGUGAUGAAGACGAUGAUGAGGAAAUUUCCAAUACGGACGUCAAAUACGAAUUCGAUACGAGUGAGGAUGAUGGCAGCGACAAUGAAGACCUUGGCGUAGAAGAAACUACAUUUUUUUCGAAAUGUGGGAUUGACUCACAGUCCAUCACAAGGCUAGACUUUACUGAAUUUCUGGGAACAAUUGAGAGCAAACCAAUACAAAAGCAAAAGUGGAUAAAAAAGCCUAUUUUGCUUCUGAAUUAG